UGUUAAUGCACAAAAAUGGCCAACGUCACACAGAUAUCCAAAGAUGAGCUAGAGGAACUCAGGGAGGCUUUUUCCAAAGUUGAUCUCAACAGCAACGGAUUCAUCUGUGACUAUGAGCUGCACGAACUUUUCAAAGAAGCCAACCUUCCCCUCCCGGGAUACAAAGUCCGAGAGAUCAUUCAGAAACUCAUGAUCGACGGAGACAAGAACAAAGACGGAAAGAUCAGCUUUGAAGAAUUUGUUUACCUCUUCCAAGAAGUGAAAAGCAGCGACGUUGCCAAGACCUUCCGCAAGGCCAUCAAUCGGAAGGAAGGCAUCUGCGCCAUCGGGGGCACCUCGGAGCUGUCCAGCGAAGGCACCCAACACUCGUACUCAGAGGAAGAGAAAUACGCCUUUGUGAACUGGAUCAACAAAGCUUUGGAAAACGACCUGGACUGCAAGCAUGUCAUCCCCAUGAAUCCAAACACGGACGAUCUCUUCAAAGCCGUUGGGGACGGGAUCGUCUUGUGUAAAAUGAUCAACCUCUCUGUUCCUGACACCAUUGAUGAACGAGCCAUCAACAAGAAGAAGCUUACCCCAUUCAUAAUUCAGGAAAACCUGAACUUGGCUUUGAAUUCUGCUUCCGCCAUCGGGUGCCACGUGGUCAACAUUGGGGCAGAGGAUUUAAGGGAAGGGAAGCCCCAUCUGGUUCUCGGCCUGCUCUGGCAGAUUAUCAAGAUUGGCUUGUUUGCAGAUAUUGAACUCAGCAAAAAUGAAGCUCUGGCUGCCUUGUUGUGUGAUGGAGAGACUCUGGAGGACCUGAUGAAGUUGUCCCCAGAAGAGCUUCUCCUGCGAUGGGCCAACUACCACCUGGAGAGCGCCGGGUGGCACAAGAUCAACAACUUCAGCUCCGAGAUAAAGGACUCCAGAGCCUACUUCCAUCUCCUCAACCAGAUUUCCCCCAAAGGACAGAAGGAAGGAGAGCCACAGAUCAACAUCAACAUGUCAGGCUUCAGUGAGAAAGAUGACCUCAAGAGGGCCGAGUGCAUGCUCCAGCAAGCGGAUAGGCUGGGCUGUCGGCAGUUUGUUACCCCAGCAGAUGUUGUGAGUGGCAACCCGAAGCUGAAUUUGGCCUUCGUGGCCAACUUGUUCAACAAGUACCCAGCCCUCACCAAGCCUGAAAACCAAGACAUUGACUGGACGCUGCUGGAAGGUGAAACCCGUGAAGAACGCACGUUCCGCAACUGGAUGAAUUCUCUUGGCGUAAACCCUCACGUCAAUCAUCUCUACGCUGACCUGCAAGACGCCCUGGUGAUUUUACAGCUCUACGAGAAGAUCAAAGUUCCUGUCGACUGGAACAAAGUCAACAGACCUCCAUACCCAAAACUUGGGGCAAACAUGAAGAAGCUGGAAAACUGCAACUAUGCGGUCGAUCUAGGAAAGAAUCGAGCCAAGUUUUCAUUGGUUGGCAUUGGCGGGCAGGAUCUCAACGAGGGGAACCCGACCCUCACCCUGGCUCUAGUCUGGCAGUUGAUGAGAAGAUACACUCUGAAUGUUUUGGAGAACCUCGGAGACGGUCAGAAAGCAAAUGAUGACAUCAUUGUAAAUUGGGUGAACACGACCUUGAAAGAAGCUGGGAAAUCAAGUUCUAUCCAGAGCUUUAAGGACAAAAGUAUCAGCAGCAGCCUGGCCCUGGUGGAUUUAAUUGAUGCUAUUCAGCCCGGCUGCAUAAAUUAUGACCUGGUGAAGACAGGCGACCUCUCCGAGGAAGACAAGCACAGCAAUGCCAAGUACGCCGUCUCCAUGGCCAGGAGGAUUGGUGCCCGCGUCUAUGCCCUGCCAGAGGACGUGGUGGAGGUGAAGCCCAAGAUGGUGAUGACCGUGUUUGCCUGCCUGAUGGGCCGAGGGCUGAAGCGCGUUUAAAGAGCAAAGACCCCCAGCCUGCCCUCCUCCCCACCCCCAGCGCAGAUGCCCGACUGAAGUGCUCUGCUCCGCUUCCAGAAAGGUGGACUCUCUUUGGCCGAAGGACUCUCCAUUGGGCUUGGCAACCCAGACCCGGAGAGGCCUCGGAGAGGGGACGGGAACCAGUCCAGCCACCUCCCUCC